AUGUCUCUACCCGAACAAACCGUCGAGUUCAAAACUCUCGAUGGCCUUACCCUCAGAGGGACUCUGUAUCCAGCCACUUCCCGCGGCCCCGGAAUCGUGAUGACCCCCGGAUUCGCCUGCGUCAAAGAAAUGCUCGGCCUCCCCGACGUGGCCCUCCACUUCCAAUCCAGCGGCAUAACAGUCCUCCUCUACGACCCGCGCUCAACCGGCGCCUCAGCCGGCACCCCACGCAACGAAAUCAACCCGGUCACCCAAGCAGCCGACUACUCCGACGCCCUAACCUUCCUCUCAACCCAAGCCUCUGUAGACCCAUCCGCGCUCUUCAUCUGGGGCAUGUCCUUCUCCGCCGUCGUAGCCCUCACCGCCGCAACAAGCGACAAACGCAUCCGCGGCGUCCUCGCCAUCGCACCCCUCACAGACCUGCGCCCCAGACCGGAGUCCAAACGAGCAAGAGUGCUGCAGCGGUGCAUGCAGGACCGCGCGUCGCAAGUAGCCGGGAACGAGCCGUUCUAUGUCCCGCUGCUAAACGAGCACGGCGAGAACCCAGCGGGGUUUGGGCUCGGUUUGGAGCGCGAGGAGUAUGCGCGGAUUGUGGGACAGGGGAAGGAGCUGGCGCGGGGCCAUGUCAAUCGCACGACGGUCCAGAGUUACUACCACAUGGCCAUGUGGGCGCCGUUUGAGCUUUGGGCGGGCGUUGCGCCGACGCCGGUGAUGUUUGUUGUGCCGGAGAUGGAUUCAGUUAGUGCUGCGGAGAGGCAGAGGGAGUACUUUGAUACGAAGCUGGGGGGUGCGCCGAGGAGAUUGUAUUUGGUUGAGGGGGUUGGGCAUAUGGAUGUUGUGCAGGGGGCGCAUCUGGGGGUGUUGAUGGAGGCGAAGAUACGGUUUGUGCGGGAUGUCUUGCAGGGGACGGAGGAUGUAUCUUGA